AUGCCGAUUAUUUUACGGAUUCUAAAGUGGAAAGCGAACCCCAACAGGAACCAAACGCAUCACUGUUUAUAUUCGACAACUGGCAAAGCCCGCACAACCUUGGCCUUGGAUAGUUGCCACACACUUGUAAUAUGCACGCUAUGGAAGCGUCAGGGGACAGUGAUUCUCCGAAGGCAGGUGUUCACGACAAUUUCUGUGGAUGGAAAACAGAAACAAAGCUCAUGCGCCAAAGCCCAAAACUAUGUUCUGAUGCGAACUUCUUCGGCGAUACCACUGUAUGGAUUUCCUUCAUGGUUUCAACUACCUGGACUCGUGCUCUGUCCGUAUUUUGUCGCAUGGUUGCUCAUUUGUUUGUUGGUUUUGUUCGGGAGAAAGGGUUUCGGAUUGAUGUUGUACAUCCUCUCUCCACUGACAAUUUUCUUACUGCUGGGUAUCGUCAUACAAGUUGGUGCUGAGUAUGCAGAUUCGAGAGGCCAACUUGGUGGUUUUAUGAGCCAGUUCUUCUCCAACUUUGCCACACGUAUACCUGUGCAACAGUACGCUCGGGACAAAUUUGAAAUCAAACCGUUGAUUUGGGACGUCACUGUAAAACUGAGCAAAAUGUGUUACAAUAUGGGUUAUUUUUUUAUGUACAAAACUUUCACACUUUUCGUAGCAACUGAAGUUACCUGGGAA